AUGAGUGCAUCUCAACAAAUACAUAAUGAACUUGAGAAUUUGAGAAAAGAUUAUAAUGUACCUCGUAAAGAACUUAAUAACUUAGAACGUUUGGUGUAUAUAAAUUCUAUUAAUCAAAUAUAUGAAAUACCUACUAAUGAAAUUGAAAAGUAUAAAAUACCUAAUGAAGAAUCUGAGAAAUUUAAACGAAAGUAUGAAAUAUCUGAUGAUGAACUUAAAAAAUUGCGAAAGUAUGAAGUAACUGAUAAAGACAUUGAAAAUUUGAAAAAAACGUAUAAAACAUUUGGUGAAGAACUUGAGAAAUUGAAACAAAGUCAUAAAUUAUCAGAUGAUGACCUUGAGAAAUUGAAAUCAACAUAUGAAAUACCUGGCGAAGAACUUGAGAAAUUGAAAAUACCUAAUGAAGAACUUAAAAAAUUGAAUCAAAAAUAUGAAAUAUCAAAUGUCGAACUUAAUAAAUUAAAAUUAAA